AUGGCGUUGAAAGAAGCUAUUCAAGGUGUUAUUUCCCUUCAGUUGAAUAAAGUUAUUUUUGAGAGUGACUCUCAGUUGGUGGUGAAAGCCAUUCUCACAAAUCAAGUUGGUAGAUCUGAAUUUAGCCAUGUUAUUUUAGCCAUUAAGAAUUUGUUACAUUUUUUUCCGAACUUUGAGGUCAAGUUCAUCAAACGCCAAGCGAAUUCGGUUGCCCAUAAGUUAACUAAGGCGGCCAAUUCUUGGUCUAGGCGUCAUGUUAUUAAUGAGAUUCCUCCUUGUAUUGCUUCACAUUUGAUUAAUGAAAGGCAUUGA